AUCUUCUGCGUAGCGCCACUUAUUUUGUGUAGCCAGUAGCUACGAUUACAAUAUAUUAUUCGUCGUUGUGUAAACGAUGGUCGGCAGUCGAGUGCCGGCUAAAAUGAUGCCACCGAAUACACCGCGCGACGAUAUUUAAUACAAUAAAAAUGUAUGCUAAUGUUAUGGCGGCGAUUGCUAAUGAAAAAUGACUCAUACCAGUUUAUCAGUAGAUAUAUACAUUAUUAUCACCUCGUCGUUUACCGACGACGACUUUUGUUUUGUUUCUGUACACUCGUCUGCAAUACAGCAAUGAUUUCGAACUUCGCUCGAUGACAUCCGCAAUAUCUCUACGGUUUACGGAAGAUCAUUCAUCGAUCGCGAACAGUCGUUUUGAACGAAAUUCGAGAGCACCAACAUGACCGACGAGUUUAUCAGGAAAGGAUUGACCACCUCUGUGGCGCAGAUAUGUUCAAACAUUGGUUGGCAUUCUAUGUCAAAUUCGACAUUGCAAAUGAUGACAGAUAUCCUGUACGAGUAUUUCAGAGAUCUAGCUCAGUCAGUCAAAAAAUUUUCCGAGAUUUCUGAUACAAUCGAGCCAGAUAUUGAUGAUGUGAAAAUGGCAUUUCGAGAUAAAGAUGUUGCUGUACCAGAUUUAAUAAGAUAUUUGAAACAAGUUGGGUCAAUAGAGUUUCCUCAUCAAGUACCUAAGUUUCCCAUACCAACAAAAUCAAAUUUAAAUAUCAUGAAACCCGGAAGCAGAGAAAUUGUGACCAGACCGGUUUAUGUUCAUGAACAUCUUCCUACAAUGUAUCCUGAACAAUCUGAUGAAAGACCCAUGCAAAAUGAUAGAAGCCAGACACCACAUUCAAGUUCCUCAUUAGGAAUUUUUAAUGAGCCACUAAGUUUUCAAGAAUCUCAGGCUUCCAAAAUAUAUGAUAGACCAUCGAAAGACAACCUGGUAGUUCACAGACGACUUAGAGAGAUAUCUAGUGUGGUUAUGACAACAUCUGGAUAUCUUUCACCGUCUCGAGAAGGCAAAUUGCCAGAAUCACGAUUAAUGCCAUUUCCUAAUUUCAAAGUCAAUUCAUCACAUGCAUCAUCUUCUUAUCCAACAGUCCCGCCAGAAGUCAAAGGUGAACACAUACAACAACGUAACAAGAAAUUAUCACAAAAAACAUUGAACAAUUUUAAAGAAAAGGGAAAAAAUAUAGCUGACGGUAAUAAUAGCAAUAAUAUUAAUAAUAAUAAAAAUGAAGAUUCUAAAGUAAAAAAACUGGCAAAUGUGAAAGAAACUUCAAAACUUAAAGCAUUGAAAACUGGUGCUAUCCGGGAGUCUAAUCAAGGACCUCGACUUAAAAAAACUCCAAAGAUCAAAGAUAAAUCAAAAUUAAGUGUACUAAAUACUAUAUUUGAUAAGCCUCAAGCAUCAACAUCACAUUCUAAGUACUCAAAAAGCCUUUUGUGUGACAGUGAAAAACUGACAACAGAACCUGAUAAGCAGAAAUUAAAUAUAUUUAAAAAAAUAUCCAAAGUAAAAGAAGAUAAGAAUAACGAUAGUUCAGUACACCAGAGUUCAAAAUUAAAUAGCUCGAUUAUAUCCAGGCCAAAUUCUACUAUUGUCAGUUCAGAUAUUUUGGUUAAGCCUGAAGUAAAGGUUGAAAUUAUUGAGGAGAAACAAUUUAAGCCAGAUUUCUUUAAACCAACUGUUGAAACAAAAAAAACUGAUAGUGUACAUAAACCAUCUAUAAAAGAAACCAAACCAGAAUUGAACAUUAAUGUACCUAAAAAACGAAAAAAAAAACAGAAAAUACCUAGUGAUGAUAAUUCUAAAAGUGUAGACCUCAAAACCAAGAACAUUGGAAAUAAAAAGUCAAAAAAUAAACAUGAUUCUGACCUGUUUUCAUCCCCUUUAAAAUUUUCAUUUUUUGGUCAUCUACCAACAGUGCCUGGUCUCCUGCCAACUGUGCCAAGUAUUUUACCACCAUCUCUUGCUUUAAAUCCAUUGGUUCCAAAAUAUACUGCUCCUAAUAGUGUUAUACCAAUAUUAGAAAAAACAAACACAGCUGCUUCUAUGAUGUAUUUGCCUUUACCUGGAGAGGAUGAUUUUGAUAAAUCUGAGUUUGACGAACUUUCAUCCACUCUUACUUCAGAAAAAAAAAAAGUUCCUACGGAAAAGAUUAAACCCAAAAAAGAGCAUAAAAAGAUUAAAAAAGAAAAGAUUAAGUCUAAAAAGAAAAAAGAUAAAAAAGACAAAACUAAACAAAAAGAUCGAAGCGAAAGAAAAAAGGAAAAAUUAUUGAAAAAAUUAAAAAACAAAGAAAAAGUGGACUCCGAAGAAUCUAAACCGGAGCCUACUAUCACUGAGGAAAAAGAACCAGAACCUGUUUUGAAAGAAGAAGACCCAUUGGUCCCAAAAAUAAAGCUGAAGUUGCCAGGUUCAAAUGGAUCAAGUUCAUCUCCAUCAGUACAACGGAAAAUUGUAAUCAAGCCUAUAGUUAAAAAUAAAUCUCCCUUGGAAUUUAUUGACGAAUCACACAAUUUAUCUAAAGAAAAGUCACCAGUGGAACGAGUUAAAUCAUCUACUAUAAAAUCUAAAGCACAUUCUAAAGAUAAAUUAUCUACAGCUACCUUACCAUCGGUGCCGUUAGUACCAAAAGAAGAAGAAAUUGAAAGUGUUACUGAACCUAUACCUAAACCAUCUAAAUCAAAAAAAACAGCUGUACUUCCUCCAAAAACUGUUGUGGAUUCUGAUAUCCCCGCCACAACUUCAGGAAAUGCUUCUGUAUCUUCUGCCGUUACAAAUUCUGUUGCAUCAAGUAAUAAACAUAAGGUUAAAACUACCAAGAAAUCUAAAAAAAUUACAACUCAACCACACCCAGCUUUUUACUUUGACGAUGCUGGAAAUCAAGUUUGGAUAUGUCCAACUUGUGGAAAACAAGAUGACGGCAGUCCAAUGGUUGGUUGUGAUGGAUGUGACGCAUGGUAUCAUUGGGUUUGUGUGGGAAUUCAGUGUCCACCAGAUUGUGCUGUAUGGUAUUGUCCUACUUGUUUAUUAAAACGAGCUGAACGAGGCGUGACUGCACCAGUUGAAAAGGCUAAAAGAGGAAGACCAUUAAAAAAGAAAUCAAUUUCGUAAGAGUUAAAACUUAGUGGUUUUUUUUUAUCUAAUCAAAUUAAUUUUUUUUAGACUAAACUUUAGGUUAUUAUAAGACUUAUAAAAUCAGUGGGCUUAUUGAUAUUGAAAACCAUAAAUGGUUUAUCUUGAUUGUUAAGCUUAUUUUAAAUGGUCCUCCAAUAAUAAUUUUUUAGUACAAACAUAUAUAUCUUUCAUUUUAUUUCAACAUAACAUUGAUUCAACACAAGGUACUUUACCAAACAACUAGAAUGUUCAGUGUGUUAGAAGUAUAAUAUACUGUUCAAUAAAUUAAAAUACUUUUUAGUAAAGACAAUUUUAUUUUAUUUUUCAUAAUUUAUAUAGCAUCUAAAAUUCCUAUUAUUAACUAAAAGUUAAAUUAAUCUAUUAUAUAUUUUGUUAUUAUUUGGAAUACCAUUAAUUCCAUAACUUGUUAUCAUUUCCAAUUAGAAGUUUUUCAUUAUUUAUAUUUAUAUAUUGUUAAGUAUUUUACAUAUUAUAUACACUGUUUAAUAUACUUACUAACAUUUUUAAAUUCCAAUUUGUUUGGUGAAUGUAGUUCAAAAUGUGUGAACCACACGAUGUUGGAUAUAUUGUAUACAUGUAUUAUUGAAUUACUUGAUGACAGAUUCAAUAUAAUUUAAAAAUAUACAACAAUCUGUAGAUAUUAAUUGACUAAUAUAAUAUGUGACAAUUAAUAACAAUUAUGUUAAUUACAUACAUUGAUUACAAGGUAUGUCACCGUGUUUUCUCAAUUUCCUAUAAAGCUAACCUAGGGAUAUGAAAAACAUGGUUACCCACUAUGUAUACUGCCAAAACUAUAUAUAUAUAUAGUUAUGAAUAAUUUGUCAAAUUAUAACAAAUAAUGUUUGAUAAUUAACAAUACAUACUAAAAGAAAGCUAUAAUCAAUUUGUAAUUUAUACUGUUCAUCUUAUUUUUACUGUAUUUGAGGCCAGUUCAGUAUAAAAUAAAGUAAAUUAAAAAUUGAAUGAUAGUGAAUAUUUUUAGUUGAUGAUAUUCAUAGUGUACAUAUUUACAAUUCAUUGUUAACUUAAUAAUUAAAUGAUCUUAUAAAUAAAUAUAAACAUGUAGGGGUAGGUUUUGUAGAUUAAAAAAAAAAUAUAUAAUUUAUUGUGUAUAUUUUUUGUGUAAAAAAUAUAGAAUUACAUUUUAAUCAAUAUACAUUUCAAGGGGGAAGAGAAUUAAUUUAUAUUUGUACAUAUUAAUCAAAAAUAAGAUUUAAAAAUCUUCACUGAAAUGUACACUUAAUUUGUUGUUAGUCAUUGUGCAGUAAGAAAUAAGGACUUCUACAAUAAAUAAUAAUAAUGUUUUUACUAUAAAUUUAAAAGUAUAUUGUAUAAUAUGAUAAAGUUUAAAUUCUUAAAAGGAAAAUAGUUAGAUUAGUUUUAUGUUUUGGUCUUAUCUAAAAAUUGUUUUUUAAUAAUCUCAGCCAUGGUUCAGAACAGUUAUAUUUAUAUUUUACAGUUUUUUUAUUGUGUUAUUUUUGGUACAUUUUUAAAAAAUGUUGUUUUUAACUUUUUAAAUUAUAUAUUUUUUAGUUGCUAAAACUUACAGUACAUUACAUACAUUAAUUUUUCAAUUUUUAUUGAAUAUUACAAAACUCAUAAGCUAUAUUUAUUAUUAUUAUCAAGAUGUGCUUUAAUAAAAUUAAAAUUUCAUAAUUUAGUUAAUCACCAAAUAUAUGUUUGUACUGGAAUGAAAAAUUAUUAUCUUUUUAAACUUGGGCUUUUCAUGCAUGUAAACACAACAAAAAUAUUGAUUGCAGUUUAUUGCUUUCUAAAAUAUUAGUUGAUGAAUCAACAUAUUUCAUUAUUAUAUUAAUUAUUAAAUAAAUAUUAAACAUACCAUUCUGUUUAGGAGAUUUGUUCUUAAAUGAUAAAUGUGCUCUUCAAUUAUUAUAUAGUAAUUGUUAGAUUCGUUAUGUCUUACAAUACUGUUAAAGUAUUGAUCUUAGUGUAUAAUCUGUUCGUAUAAACUAUUUAGCUUACUCAGUAGUUGAAUUCAAAUUAUUUUAAGAUAUGUUGAUCCGGAAUAACUGAAAAGUUGUUUUGAAAUCAUAUAAUGAUGUACAUGUACUUGUUAUUAGUGAACUAUAUAUGUCUUAUUUGUCGUAUUCGUUUAUAUACAUAGAUAAUAGAUAUUACUAAGAAAAAAAUACAUAUUGCCAAUUUUGUUAUUUCGGCUUAAAUUCAAUAUUGUUACUAAACUAUUUAUAAUCAUUUAAAAAGUGAUCGCACUUAAUAGAUUUAUUCUCCUUUAGAUUAUUGUAGUUUAUAGUAGAAUAUGGUUAAUGUUUACUGCUGUGUGUUAUUAAAAGUGGCAAAUUAAGACAAAGAAAAUAAUUGAUAUUUUUUGGGAUCCAAAAUUUAGUAACAAGUAGCUAUUGAUAAUUUAUUCUAAGGGCUUUAUAAAACUAGGGGACUCCUUAAUAAUACAUCUUUUAUACAUAUUAUAACCUAUAAAUUUCUGUUUAUAUAUUAUAUUUUAUUUGUUUACUUUUAAAAUAUUAUUUCGUAACAUGGUUGGUAGAGUCUUAAAGCAAUGAAAUUCUGGCCAUGUAGAUAAUUUAGUUGAGUACACAGAUGUGUAGUGCAUACACUUUGACAUUACCUAUUUUAGGUUUCCCAAUUUUAUAUUUUUAUCCUAUUAUGUUUAAAAAGUCCACCAUACAUUUAUUUUUUUUUACAUAAAUAUUUGCAAUAUCAGUUCAAAAAUUUAAAAUUUGCAUGUUAUAUAUUCUACAUUCUUUAGAUAAUUAUUUAUUUAAUAAAGUACUCAAAAUGCUGUAAAAUACAUAGUACAUUUUGUGAUAAUUAUAUCUCGCCGCCCUCCUAAUUGUGUCGCCCUCGAAGGCAGUACUUAAACACUAAUCAUCUCAUGGCCUACACUGUGACAUCCCUGGUGUACAACCAAACACACCCGCACUAUUAAUGUUUAUUAUUAUUAUUAUUAUUAUUAUUGUAUUUAUAGUCUAUUAUUAAUAUGUAUUAUUAUCUAUGUCUAUCUAUUAUAUUAUACUUGUUGUGUGGAUAAUAUGUUUUUUCUUGAUUUAUAGUUACAAUGUUACACAUACUAUUAAAUUGUGUCUUAGUAUUUAUGACUAUGUAUUAUUUAUAUUUUAUGAAUGUGUAUGUUACUGUAAAUGUUUACUGGCGGUCAUUGGCAAUUUGUUAAUUAUUUUCACAUAACUACACAUGCGUUUUGGGAAAUUCAUAUUGAAUAAUAUGAUCAUCACAACAUUCACUGUGUAUGUUUACCAUGAACAGUUUUUUAGCGAUUAUUCAUAAAAUACAAUUUAUAAUUAUAAUUAUUAUUAAUUAUUGAUUUUUUUAUAUUAUUGUUAUAAUAUUUAUAUUAUUUAUUACAGCAUUGUUAAGUGUUAGCUAUUGUGUCAUUGAAUAUCGACAAUCAUUAUUACGUUAUGUCCAGUAGACUAAUUGUAUUUUUUUUUUUAUUUUGUGAUAUUCACUGAUACUUUUAGUGUAAUUUCACCGUUUAUUUGAGAAAUUAAGACAACACCAACAGUACAUAUUUACAGUAACAAAUAUAUUUAUAUGAUUUAUUAUUAUUAUUAUUAUUUAUUAAUAUAAAUUUAUACCAAUUUUGUUUUUAAUAUUUAGUUUUACCUAUACUUGUUUUAAAUUAUUGGAUUUUUAUUAAUAAAAAACAGAUAAAUAUUAUGUAUUUGGCAUAUUUAAUUGAAAAUUGACCAUAUUAUAUACGUAAUGUAAUAUCAACUCUGUAUUCUGUCUCAAUAUAUUAAUUCUAAUAUCUUA